UGCGACCACCCUUAUAAUGACAAUCAUCAAAUGGCUAUACAGAUUUAUAUAUGAAACGUAAUUGAAACAAGUCAUUUGAAAAGCAAUUGAAACUUUAAUGUUUGACCUUGAGAUGUAUUUUUGUUUUGUUUUUGAGUAAAUGAGACUUUAAAGCAAAGAGGGGAACAAGAGAAAAAAACAUGGACAUCGGAGUUUCUGUCAAACAAAAGCGUUUGCCCAAAGAGAAGAGAGCAGAAUUGAUGAAAAUAUUUAAAUCUUUUGAUGAAAAUGGGGAUGGAAAAGUUUCAAAGCACGAGCUAGCCCGAGCAUCCAGAAGGGCUGGGAGCAAUAAAACGCUCAAAGAAAUAGAAAAAGUCCUCCAGACGAUCCACACUGACAGUGAUGGUUAUAUCACCUUUCCUGAGCUGGAGAGAAUGUUAGCCGGACAGAGUGUAGAGAUAGACUAUGAAGACGAAAUGUUACUUGCUAAAUUCAAUGAGUUUGAUUUGGAUGGCGAUGGAACAAUUACAAAGAAGGAACUGAAAAAGGUCCUUCGCUCAAUGGGAUGUGAAAUGCCAGAGGAAGAAGCCGAGGCAAUGAUUCGGGAAGCUGAUAAAAAUGGCGAUGGUGUCAUCAGUUUCGAUGAGUUCAAGGCUGUUUUAACGAGUGGAGAUUUCUAAUGACCACCUAUCUUUUCAUCUGACAACGUGUACUGUGUUGAGAUUCUACACGGCAUAACAAGGAACAUUGCAAUAAUCACUAAAUCUGAAUCCAUUGUGUAAUUUAGGGAUCCUCUGCGUUAUUAAACUUUUCUCACUGUGAUUUUCUAUGCUUUAUAACAUAUGAAAAACAUACCCAUGUAAAACUGUGUGUGUCUCUUAACCCAUAUUCAUCAUCGACUAUAUAAAGCUAAGAAACUUUUCAUAAAAUGUCAAUAUUUAUAUCAUUAAACGCAUUGUUUAAAAUGCUAAA